UUGUAUUUGUGUGCAAAUCGUGCCUUUUGACUAUAAAGGAGCGAGAGAUGAUUUCUCCAGUCAGCUACAAAGAACAACAACAUCGCCAUCUCUCUCUCUCUCUCCAUUCUUAGAUCAGAUCACCUUUGUAUACAAAGACCUCUUUCUGAUCAUCUGGAGUGAAGAAAAAGAUUCUGCUUCAAAACUAUAUGGCUGGAAUGUCAUAUUCAGGUCGAGAAGAAUCAACGCCGAGCCUCCUCUCCCCUUACAAGAUGGGAAGGUUCAACCUCUCCCACAGAGUGGUAUUGGCACCAUGUACAAGAUGCAGAGCUUUAAACGGAAUUCCUCAGCCGGCGAUGGCGGAGUACUAUUCACAGAGGGCUACCGCCGGUGGAUUUCUCAUCACUGAGGGAACCAUGAUUGACCCCACUUCGGCUGGGUUUCCUCAUGUUCCUGGGAUUUUCACAAAGGAGCAAGUGGAAGCAUGGAAAAAGGUUGUUAAUGCCGUCCAUGCUAAGGGCGCCGUUCUCUUUUGUCAACUAUGGCAUGUUGGCCGUGCAUCUCAUCAGGUUUAUCAACCUGGUGGAUGUGCCCCUAUUUCUUCCACAAAGAGAGGAAUAUCAAAGAGAUGGAAGAUACUUAUGCCAGACGGAAGCUAUGGGAUCUAUCCCGAACCACGGGUGUUGGGGAUUGAGGAUAUUGCACAAAUUGUGGACUUUUAUCGUGUUGCAGCUCUCAACGCCAUUGAAGCAGGCUUUGAUGGCGUUGAAAUCCACGGAGCUCACGGCUAUCUCAUUGAUCAGUUCCUUAAAGACGGGAUCAAUGACCGUGGGGAUGAGUAUGGUGGGUCCCUUACAAACCGCUGCAAGUUCAUAACCGAAGUGGUUCGAGCGGUUGCCAAUGCUGUGGGCCCCGACCGCCUAGGCGUAAGAAUCUCGCCCGCAAUCGAUCACCUAGACGCCACGGAUUCGAACCCGCUCAACCUCGGCCUGGCUGUGGUCGAGAGGCUGAAUCAAGUACAGAUAGACAUAGGAACCAAACUGGCCUACCUCCACGUCACGCAACCGCGUUACGUGGCCUACGGGCAGACAGAAUCGGGCAGGUCUGGCAGCGAAGAGGAGGGGGAGAAACUGAUGCGUAGUUUGCGGGACGCUUAUCGUGGAACUUUCAUAGGCAGCGGGGGAUACACGAGACGGCUCGGGAAUGAGGCUGUGAGUCGCGGGGAGGCGGACUUGGUGUCAUAUGGAAGGCUAUUCAUCGCAAACCCAGACUUGGUGUUGAGGUUCAAGGUUGAUGCACCGCUGAAUAAGUAUGACAGGAAAACAUUCUAUACUCAGGAUCCUGUUGUGGGUUAUACGGAUUACCCUUUCCUUGACCAAGAAAGUGGGAGUAGCAAACCCAUCUCUUCUCGUCUGUAGUUUUUUUCUUCUUUAAAUGAAUUUUAGGGCAUGAUUGAAUGUGGCUUGUUUUGGAUACAAAACAAAGCUGAUAGCCAAAUUUGAUAAACAUAAAUAUAUAAUUCCUUAGUUUGGAAUGUAUAGACCAUCAAAGCAGUUGAUAAACAUGUAAACCUAGUACUUCCAAAAAAACUUUGCCAUCUUUCCUUUUUGGGACGUCCCAAAAAAC